AUGGGCCAUCUCCGUGGCUUCUCUCUCCCUUCUUCCUCGCCUCUGUCAGUGCCUCUCCGUCGUCGUGCCCUUCUUCCUCGCCUCCAGCGCACCGCCGCCGCCUCCCGCGCCGCCGCCAUACCGCCGCGCACCCGAAGUAGCUCCAGCUACCGCGGCGUCCACACCCACCCCUCCGGCGUGCAUUACGUGGAGAUCAGCUCCGAUGAUACACGCCUCAGGCUCGGGACCUUCAAGACUACCCACGAGACCAUCCGCGCAUAUGACGCGGCGGCGUGGCGCCUCAGGAGGCCACGAGCACAGAUGAAUUUCUCGGACGCGCGGACGCGACAGCAAGCGCAGGACCUCGCACCUCCCCCGUGGCUAGUCACUGAGGAGGACCACCGCAUCCAGCGGAGGCGGGAGUGCCGCCUCCUCAUCGCUGAGGCGGAUGAGCACGCCAUGGUGGUGUGGCGUGAGCGCUUCCCGGAGGAUUUCGCCACCAAGAACGAGUUCUAG